UGUAAAUUACUUUUGGGAAUAAUAAAUGUACCAGACUUAUUUUAUAGAAGCACCAAUUCCUAAUGGAAUUUAACGUUCUUGGACCGAAACCAGUCUAUAGACCGCAAAAAACCGUGGUCUGCGGUCUUUUUGUGGUCCGGUCUGGUCUUUUGACUUCUGGGGAAAAGGCAGACCGAUUACGGUUACGGUUAACGCCCCUGGGCAUCAAAAAACCGGACCGAACCGGACUUUCAAACACUACAUUUACCAAAUCUCUUGGUCACGACGCUCUCCUCCUACCUCAACAUCUGCUCCGAAUGGAAAGGACUGUAGUGAUAGCAAGAAGUGAGGAAACAGGUGGAUAAUCGUUUGCGAACAUAUGACGGUCACCCUCUUCUCUUCGCCAUGCAUCAAUGUGCUUCCCGAGUCUCGUUUCUCGAGUUCUCCUGACAUGUCAAUCCCGGCCGAUGUUUUAUCAUUCUCUGCAGCUGGGGACUUCUUUAUUAUUUCGAUGUAGGUUAGAUUAUCAAUGGACCUUACAAUAUUAACUCUUGGAAUACACACUUUCCAUCC